CUGCUGCCCGCCGCCCUCCUGCUUCACGAGGAGCGCAGCCGGGCCGCUGCUAAGGGUGGCUGUGCAGGCUCUGGCUGUGGAAAGUGCGACUGCCAUGGCGUGAAGGGACAAAAGGGGGAAAGAGGCCUCCCCGGGUUGCAAGGUGUCAUUGGGUUUCCUGGAAUGCAGGGACCCGAGGGGCCACAGGGACCACCAGGAUUAAAGGGUGACGCUGGAGAACCAGGACUUCCUGGAACGAAAGGGACACGAGGGCCCCCAGGAGCAUCUGGCUACCCUGGGAACCCAGGGCUUCCCGGUAUUCCUGGCCAAGAUGGUCCCCCAGGCCCCCCAGGCAUCCCCGGAUGUAAUGGAACGAAGGGAGAGAGAGGGCCGCUCGGGCCGCCGGGCUUACCUGGAUUCAGCGGCAAUCCCGGACCACCAGGGUUACCAGGAAUGAAGGGGGAUCCUGGUGAAAUACUUGGCCACGUGCCUGGAACACUGUUGAAAGGUGAAAGAGGAUUUCCUGGCUCCCCAGGGAUCCAGGGCCCACCAGGUGUGCCAGGGCUGCAGGGUCCUGUCGGCCCCCCAGGGUUCAGCGGACCACCGGGUCCCCCAGGCCCUCCUGGCCCUCCAGGCGAAAAGGGGCAGAUGGGCUUGAGUUUCCAAGGACCAAAAGGGGACAAGGGUGAACAGGGGGUCAGUGGGCCUCCAGGAGUGCCCGGACAGGCACAAGUCCAAGAGAAAGGAGACUUUGCCACCAAAGGAGAGAAGGGUCAGAAAGGUGAACCCGGAUUUCAGGGCAUGCCGGGAAUUGGAGAGAAAGGCGAACCCGGAAAGCCCGGGCCCCGGGGAAAACCUGGGAAAGACGGUGAAAAAGGAGAAAAGGGGAGUCUAGGUUUUCCUGGUGACUCCGGAUACCCAGGGCUCCCAGGCCGCCAGGGGCUCCCGGGAGAAAAAGGCGACGCAGGUCCCCCAGGCCCGCCUGGAAUUGUUAUAGGCACCGGGCCUCUAGGAGAAAAAGGAGAGCGGGGCUACCCAGGAACCCCGGGCUUACGUGGCGAUCCGGGCCCCAAAGGUUUCCCAGGAAUACAAGGCCCACCAGGCCCUCCAGGAAUCCCCGUACCUGGCCAGGCCGGCGCUCCUGGCUUCCCUGGUGAACGAGGAGAAAAAGGCGACCAAGGAUUUCCAGGUGUAUCUUUGCCAGGACCGAGUGGAAGAGAUGGGCUGCAGGGCCCCCCCGGCCCCCCAGGGCCCCCCGGACAGCCAGGCCACACAAAUGGAAUUGUGGAAUGUCAGCCUGGACCGCCUGGUGACCAGGGGCCCCCUGGAAUUCCAGGGCAGCCGGGAUUGAUAGGCGAAGUUGGAGAGAAAGGUCAAAAAGGGGACAGUUGCCUCAUCUGUGAUACUGCAGGACUUCGUGGUCCUCCUGGGCCCCAGGGACCCCCAGGAGAAAUAGGUUUCCCAGGACAGCCAGGGGCCAAGGGCGACCGAGGUCCACCGGGCAGAAAUGGUCUGGAAGGGCUGCCUGGACCGCAAGGUGCACCAGGGCUGAUGGGCCAGCCUGGAGCCAAGGGCGAACCUGGAGAGAUUUAUUUCGACUUGCGGCUCAAAGGGGACAAAGGAGACCCAGGUUUUCCAGGACAGCCUGGGAUGCCUGGGAGAGCAGGCCUGCCUGGGAGAGACGGCCACCCAGGUCUUCCUGGCCCCAAGGGCUCCCCGGGCUCAGUAGGACUGAAAGGAGAACGAGGCCCCCCUGGAGGAGUCGGAUUCCCUGGCAGCCGUGGUGACGUCGGCCCCCCAGGGCCCCCAGGGUUUGGUCCUAUUGGCCCUGUGGGUGACAAAGGACAAGCAGGCUUCCCUGGAAGCCCUGGCUCCCCAGGCCUGCCAGGUCCGAAGGGUGAAGCGGGGGCGGUCGUGCCCUUACCUGGGCCCCCUGGGGCAGACGGCCUUCCGGGUUCUUCAGGAUUCCCAGGACCCCAAGGUGACCGAGGCUUUCCCGGAGCUCCGGGCAGGCCAGGCCAGCCUGGAGAGAAGGGUGCUGUGGGCCAGCCAGGGAUCGGGUUUCCGGGGCCCCCAGGUCCCAAAGGUGUCGACGGCCUGCCUGGAGAUGUGGGGCCUCCGGGGACCCCGGGUCGCCCAGGAUUUAAUGGCUUGCCUGGCAGCCCAGGUGCACCGGGCCAGAAGGGUGAGCCUGGAAUUGGUUUACCGGGACUCAAAGGACUGCCAGGUCUCCCCGGCAUCCCUGGCACACCUGGGGAGAAGGGGAACGUCGGGGGCCCAGGCGUGCCCGGAGAGCAUGGAGUUGUCGGACCCCCUGGGCUUCAGGGCAUCAGAGGUGACCCAGGGCCUCCUGGAUUGCAAGGCCCUGUAGGAUCUCCAGGAGCUCCAGGACUCGGCCCCCCCGGCGCUAUGGGCCCCCCCGGAGGUCAGGGACCGCCGGGGUCAUCAGGUCCCCCUGGCAUCAAAGGAGAGAAAGGAUUCCCCGGAUUCCCCGGACUCGACAUGCCAGGCCCCAAAGGAGACAAAGGAGCCCAAGGGCUUCCCGGCCUGACAGGACAGUCGGGGCUCCCUGGCCUUCCUGGACAGCAGGGGACGCCUGGAUUGCCCGGGUUUCCAGGUCCCAAGGGAGAAAUGGGCGUCAUGGGGACCCCCGGGCAGCCGGGAUCACCAGGACCAGUGGGCACUCCAGGAUUACCGGGUGAAAAAGGGGACCAUGGCUUCCCAGGAUCCUCAGGACCCAGGGGAGAUCCAGGCUUCAAAGGCGAUAAGGGGGACGUGGGCCUCCCUGGCAAGCCUGGGUCAAUGGACAAAGUGGACAUGGGCAGCAUGAAGGGGCAGAAGGGAGACCAAGGAGAAAAAGGCCAAGUCGGACCCACUGGUGAUAAAGGAUCCCGAGGAGAUCCUGGAAGCCCAGGAGUUCCUGGAAAGGAUGGGCAACCCGGGCAGCCUGGACAGCAAGGACCUAAAGGCGAUCCAGGUAUAAGCGGAACCCCAGGUGCUCCAGGACUUCCUGGACCGAAAGGAUCAGUCGGUGGAAUGGGCCUGCCAGGAACACCUGGAGAAAAAGGUGCACCUGGCAUCCCUGGCCCGCAGGGGGUCCCUGGCUUACCCGGAGAGAAAGGAGCAAAAGGAGUGAAAGGGCAGGCGGGUCUGCCUGGCAUCGGGAUUCCCGGGCGGCCUGGUGACAAGGGAGACCGAGGGAUGGCAGGUUUCCCCGGAAGCCCCGGAGAGAAGGGAGAGAAGGGCAGCACUGGGACCCCAGGGAUUCCAGGGUCUCCAGGCCUGAAGGGGUCUCCAGGGAGUGUCGGCUACCCAGGGAAUCCUGGGCUGCCUGGAGAAAAAGGUGACAAAGGCCUGCCGGGACUGGAUGGCAUUCCUGGAGCCAAAGGAGAGUCAGGCCUUCCUGGGAAACCUGGCCCCAUGGGCCCAGCUGGCCAGAAAGGGGAGCCGGGCAGUGAUGGAAUCCCAGGGUCAGCAGGAGAGAAAGGCGAACCAGGUCUACCAGGAAGAGGAGUCCCAGGGUUUCCCGGGUCCAAAGGAGACAAAGGUUCAAAGGGCGAUGUGGGCUUCCCAGGAUUGGCCGGGAGUCCAGGCAUUCCUCCCAAAGGAGAGCCAGGCUUCUCAGGUCCUCCGGGGCCUCAAGGACAGCCAGGAUUGCCCGGAGCCCCAGGCCGUCCUGUGGAGGGGCCCAAAGGAGACCGAGGGCCACAGGGACAGCCUGGCCUGCCAGGACUUCCGGGACCCAUGGGGCCUCCAGGGCUCCCUGGAUUGGAUGGACUGAAAGGUGACAAAGGAAAUCCAGGCUGGCCAGGAGCACCCGGCGUUCCAGGGUCCAAGGGUGACCCAGGAUUCCAGGGCAUGCCCGGCAUUGGUGGCUCUCCGGGAGUCACAGGUUCGAAGGGUGAUAUGGGACCUCCGGGUGUUCCAGGAUUUCAAGGUCAGAAAGGUCUUCCUGGCCUCCAGGGAGUUAAAGGAGAUCAAGGAGACCAAGGCCUCCCUGGACCUAAAGGUCUCCAGGGUCUCCCUGGCCCCCCAGGCCCUUACGAUAUCGUCAAAGGGGAGCCAGGGCUUCCGGGCCCUGAGGGUCCUCCUGGUCUGAAAGGGCUCCAGGGGCCUCCAGGCCCCAAAGGACAGCAAGGUGUGACAGGAUCUGCGGGUUUACCUGGACCUCCAGGCAUUCCCGGGUUUGACGGGGCUCCUGGCCAGAAAGGAGAGACGGGGCCAUAUGGGCCUCCAGGUCCGAGAGGAUUUCCUGGCCCACCUGGCCCUGAUGGGUUGCCAGGAUCCAUGGGGCCCCCAGGCACCCCGUCUGUCGAUCACGGCUUCCUUGUGACCAGGCACAGUCAAACAAUAGAUGACCCACAGUGUCCUCCUGGGACCAAAAUCCUUUACCAUGGGUACUCCCUGCUCUACGUGCAAGGCAACGAACGGGCGCACGGCCAGGACUUGGGCACGGCGGGCAGCUGCCUGCGCAAGUUCAGCACAAUGCCCUUCCUGUUCUGCAACAUCAACAACGUGUGCAACUUCGCCUCCCGGAACGACUACUCCUACUGGCUGUCCACGCCCGAGCCCAUGCCCAUGUCCAUGGCGCCCAUCACGGGGGACAACAUCCGGCCCUUUAUUAGCAGGUGCGCCGUGUGUGAGGCUCCCGCCAUGGUGAUGGCAGUGCACAGCCAGACCAUCCAGAUCCCGCAGUGUCCCAGCGGGUGGUCCUCGCUGUGGAUAGGCUACUCCUUCGUGAUGCACACCAGCGCUGGUGCCGAAGGUUCUGGCCAAGCCCUGGCAUCUCCCGGGUCCUGCCUGGAAGAGUUCCGAAGCGCGCCGUUCAUCGAGUGCCACGGCCGGGGGACAUGCAACUACUACGCCAAUGCCUACAGCUUCUGGCUCGCCACUAUAGAGCGGAGCGAGAUGUUCAAGAAGCCCACGCCGUCGACCUUGAAGGCAGGGGAGCUCCGCACGCACGUCAGCCGCUGCCAAGUUUGCAUGAGAAGAACAUGAGGACGCAGCCCUGCGCUACUGUCCCGACAUGGUGCUACUCCUCCUCCUCGUUUUAACAGCAACGAACCCUAGAAAUAUAUCCCGUGUACCUCACUGCCCAGUAUGAAAACCAUAAAGUGCCUUAUAGGAAUUCGCAUAACUAACACACCCUGCUUCAUGGCCUCUACUUGCUGACGGAGAGAAAGGCAACCAUAAGCUUUCAAUAGUGGUAGCCAAAUGGCACUUCUGAUGAAAUAAAGUGUCGGUAUGUCCUACGGCCCGGUGCACUGAGGUGCGAAGUGUGAGAACUCCAUCAGAACCCAAAGGUGCUAGGGCGCGGUGCCUCUACACUGCCAGCCGCUGCCAUUCUUGUCCUAGGGAGUCGUCCCCCAGGUGUACAUGUUUGUUUACAUCCCCGUCUAGCCGUCUCCAAAUUCAGGUCCCUCAUCUGUGCCGAGAACAGCAAUGCAGAGAUGGCUUUCUCGUACCUCCAUGAUUUCAGACUCAGUAGCCAUCUCUUCCAGCCCGAGUGUCAGCUGCCAUCUUUCUGCUGUGUGGGGUACCAUGCAGCCACCAUGCAGAGCACAGCGUUGACGGUCCCAAAGCAGUCAGAAAUUAAAUAUAUAUAUAUUUUAGUAAUUUAUAUAAAUGUCAGCAAUUAGGCAGAUCCGGUUUUAGUCUCACUCCCACGGUUGAAAUAAAGCUUUCCUAGUUUUCUUCCUUUAAACGUGCUGUCCUUCCACACGGGUGUCAGACACUAAGAUACUGAAUGUGAAAUGCCAGUUUUCAUCGUUCACUUCCAAGCCAAAAUGACCUAUUGCCAAAACCAAACCCAGGUUCAUGAACGUGGUGUCUAUCACAGUGAAACAUGUACGUUGAGCUUAUUGUUUUUAUUCUGUAUUAAAUACUUUCAGGGUUUUAAACACUAAUCACAAACUGAAUGACUUGACUUCAAAAGCAACAACCUUAAAGGCCUUCAUUUCGUUAGUUUUCCUCAUUCCGCAUCUUGGCGAGAAGCAGCUCCGUUGAAAGAAAAUGUCAGUAUUGUUCACAUAAGCACCUUCGGGCCGCCGUCUCGGUUUCCCACCAGCUGUGUUUGCAGACUGCAGUGGGAGCGGAUGGAUCGCAGGAGGGCAGAUUAGGACUGUCCCGCCUGAAAUGACAUUUCACUGAGAGUCUCCAAAACGUUUGUCAGACUACUAAGGCCUUUUAUGUCAUUUCUUUAAAUGUGUAUUUCUUAAGAAUUCAAAUUUGUAAUAAAACUAUUUGUAUAAAAAUUAAGCUUUUAUUAAUUUGUUGCUGGCAGUGCCACAGAAGCAUUACAAGAAAAGUUACUGCCCGAGCCACUAAUAAAGGUAUGAGCUUUGCGUCCCUUA